UCUUGUGAAAACUAGGGUGUAGCAGAGGAAAGGGGAGAUAACAAAUGGAGAAAAGUUUCGCGAAAGAGAAGCAAAGCAACUCAGAGAUGAACGAUUUACCUGAUCCGUUACUCUGUCACAUACUCUCUUUCCUCUCGACAAAAGAUUCAGUCCGAACCAGCCUUUUGUCGAAACGUUGGAGGAGUCUCUGGUCACAGGUUCCUUCUUUCGACUUGGACUUGGACUCGCUCCAAUUCUACUAUGACGAUUUCAGCUUCACGGAUUUGGUCAAUAGAUUUCUUGAAUCCGACGAAAACCUAGCGUUGAAUAGAUUCAAGUUGAUAUGUCCUUAUGAGUAUGUUUUUGAUAACGAUCAAGAUGAUACUGUUUUGGAGUCGUGGAUAGAUGCUUUAGUUAAGCGCAGAGUUCGUCAUCUAGAUUUUCAGGUUAACUCAGAUGAUAACGAACUAGUUUGUAUGCCUCUUUCGCUCUAUUCCUGUAACACCUUGGUCAGCUUAAGUCUCUACCACGUCUUCUUGUGCGGCUUUAAACUAGCGUCCGCUGUCUCCCUGCCUUGUCUCAAGGUCAUGCGUUUAGACAGAGUAAGGUACGACCAGUCGUCGGAGAGUGGCGAAUCCAACCUUGAGACUCUCGUAGCUAGCUGCCCUGUUCUCGAGAAGCUAACCGUAAUCAGGGAUCGGUUUGAGCUUCUUGAAUUCAUGCGUGUGCGGUCCGCGUCUUUGAAAAGUUUCGUUCUAGGGAUUGAGGAUUACGAAGUUGGUCUGUUGGGAGAGGAUCAUGUUGUGGAGAUAGAUGCUCCGAGGCUUGAGCUUAUGAGUCUCUGUGAUCAGUUAUCUCGAAGCGUCGUUAUUCACAGUAUUGCCCCAUGUGCGGUGGUGAAAAUCGAUGUUAACUUUGAUGGGAAGGACGGUUAUGCAUUACUGUACCAAGAUGAUGAUGAUGAUGAUCAUGACGAUGAUGAUGAGGAUGAUGAUUCCAAUUCUAAGAGGACUAUGAUCCGUAAUUUCCUCAGCAGGAUAUCCACAGUCUGUGGCAUGGAGAUCUCUUCUGUUACUCUACAGGCCAUCCAUAAUUACUCAAAAUUGGAACCGUUGCCUCAGUUCUCUGACUUGUCUUGGUUAAAAGUUUAUUUCCUUGAGUCGUUUUGGGAAUUGCUGCCAACCUUUCUUUGUUGCUGCCCGAGUCUACACACACUCGUCAUGGAAUUUGAGUUUGAUAAAGAGGGAUGCCCAAUGAAACUCUCAUCUGUGCCGCCGUGUUUCGUAUCAUCUCUGAAGUAUGUUGAGCUUGCGACACAAGGCACAACAAAAACAUCAAGCCAGAUGAAAUUAGCUAUAUUCUUUCUGAGGAACUGCUCUGUCCUGAAGAAACUGACUUUAAGCGGGAGUUUCGGUGACGACAUCAUUAAGAAAAUCAAGAAGAUUCCAAGAAGGUCUAGAAGGUGCGUCAUUGUCACUGGUUGAGCCACAACUUAUAUACCCUAAGACAAGAAGAAUGAAUUCAACUUAUAGUAGUAGUAAAGUAGUAGUAAUCCAAUGUAAGACUAUUUUAGCUUCUUUUUUUUUGUGUGUGGGAAUGGCUUCAAGUUUCCUAGGUUCGACCUAGAUGUUAUCAAGCUAAUUUGCCUUCUUUAAAUAGUUUAUACUCUCGAUCAGACUCUAUUAAGCCUAUAUCUUAUGAAGUUGGGGGUUAUGUGAAUAUCUUGAAUCAAUAUAAUAUGAAUGAUUAUAAUC